AACAACGCCAACGUCAGUCGGCGACAGACAGUUGAGUGCGGGAGCGAUAACCAAACACACCAAGCGUAAAAAUAUAACAUCGAUUUUUGCUACGUUGUGCUGGACCAAAAUUUGUGAACAAAAAAUGGAACGUAUAAACACCGAAGAUUUGAUUGAAGCUGUACGGAAGCGAAAGGCAAUCUGGGAUGUAACGGCGGAUGAGUAUCGGGAUAAAUCGGCACGGACACAGCAAUGGGAAGAUUUGUGUACCUCUUUGAUUCCCAACUACAAACGAUUCGCUCCCAAGGAUAAAUUUAAUACGGUCCUCGAGCUACAGAAAAAAUGGAAAUACCUUCGAGAUGCCUUAAUUCGAUCGACGCGAUUGCGACGGAUUAUGAACAAAAAGGGUAAAAAUAUGCGACCGUAUGUCUACGAAAGGCAGCUAUCAUUUUUGCAUUUGAACUCAAAACAGUCCAACGACUUGGAAGCUGUUUCUGUUUCGUCGGAAAUCGAUGCGAAUGAGGGAGCUGAUUCGAAAUACGAUUUUGGCGGUGAUCAAAGCAACGGCAGUGAUAUUGUGUACGAGGUUGUCGAAUUUAAUCAGGAAGAGGCACCAGCUUGGACAUCGAAGCAACCGGCUGCAGAAGAGCACAGCUUCGAUAGUGACGACAUACAAUUUUUCCGAUCACUGCUGCCGCUGAUGGGGACGCUUUCGUUGCGUCAAAAAAUUAAAUUUCGAAUGGAGGUUAUGAAAAUGGCUUUGGAUUUUUCGGAAAGUUAUGAUUCCACACCGACACUAGAAGAAACGGGAAUGUUUCGUCAGGAAUCAUCCGCGUCCAGUGCGUCAGGUUCUGUCCAAAAGCGGUUUUCUCGUUAGUUUGAACGGCGUGUAAACGUGUAAUGUCCGUUACUUCGAAGGACGUGUGUAUAAAUAUCGCGCUAGGUUUAAAUUAUUUCGAGUGAAAUCAAUAAAAAUAUUUUCUAUUUAUUCAAAA